GGGCCGCCGAGGAGGCCGGAAGUAGCUGUCCUUGACCCCUUUCCUCCCCCCACAGCGCCUUUGUACAGUGAGGAGAUGGCAGUGAUGGGGAUUGCUUGCCAGAACGCUCCGGCCCCGGCCGUUGGACACCCAAAGGAGCCGGCCGUGGCCAAGGGGCCUCAGGAGACGGCAGUCAAGAAGAAGAGCAGCGUUUGCACAGUCGACAGUUUGGAGGAGAAGGUGCUCCCGGGGCCAUGGAAGAUUCUGAGUGAAGUGAUUGCCAAAGGAACAGCCAAGGAAGACAGCGGGGAAGGCAGCUUGGCCUCAGUCUCUAUCAUCGCCCAGGCAGAAUGUGAGAACAGCCAAGAGUUCAGCCCCACUUUUUCCGGGAGGCCUUUUAUUGCUUGUAAACGAUACAGCCGGUCCUGCAGUCUCGAUCAGAUCCCUAACCAUGUGGCCCGUGCAACCGAGGGGAAAAUGGCUCCAGCCUAUCGGAGGGCUCUGCAUCGCGGCAAGGCACGGAAGAAUCGGAAGAAGAAGAAGAAGGCUCGCCUUACGACACCCUCUGCCCCAACCCAGAAGCCGAGAACCCCAGAGCAGGAGAGCUGCGUGCCCGUCCCAGUGCAGGAGGAUGACUCCCAGCUGGGCACCUUCUUCAGCAGCAGUUCCUGGCAUUCGGAAUCACGCAAGGAUUUGGCCUGCGAUCUUGACCCUUCUGAGAAACCUGUCUGCGUCCUCCCUCCUGGGAAGCAGCACUCGCCGAAGGACCACUGCAAAUUAGAACUGUACAAGCUGAUCAGCCCCGCUCAGUGCCUGGACCAUGUCUGGAAGUGCCAUGCUCAGGACAACUUAGCCCAUCUGCCAGACACCCUGGGCCCUUCUUUCCGUGAGCGUGGUGACUGGCUUCCUGCCUUGAGACUUGGCCCUCUGGAGACGUAUCUCUUGGAUGACCUUUCCCGUGCCAACGCCGAGCGCCACCUGUCAGGCCUGAGCUUGGAGCAGAGCUUCUCCAAAUGCAGCCAUCAGUUCUCCAAAGUGACCUCAGACCAGCUCUCUGUAGAGGAAUUCCUGGUGGAUGCAUUGAAGGGAAGUGUCGUCCUCGGAGAGCCAAGCAACUUGGCUGGCUUGGCCAAGACGUGGAAGGGAGGUGGAUCGGAUUCCAAGGAGACAGAUGAGAAUGAAGGUGUGCUGCUGACAGAGAAACUCAAAGCUGUGGACUAUGAGUACCGCGAAGAGGUUCACUGGUCCAAGCGCCACGGUCUGCUCGGCACAGGGUCCUUUGGGGAAGUGUACAAAGUAGAGGACAAGCAGACGGGCUUUCAGUGCGCGGCCAAAAAGGUGCGAGUUGAAGACUUUCGUGCAGAGGAGUUGACGACAUGCGCCAAAGUCACCCAUGACAACAUCCUCCCCGUGUAUGGAGCAGUGAAGGAAGGCUCGUGGGUGACGAUUUUCACAGAACUAAUGGAAGGUGGGUCGCUCAGCCAUCUGCUGAAGCAGCACAGUUCCUUGCCAGAGGACAGAGCCCUGGAUUACCUGGCUCAGGUGCUGGAAGGCUUGGCGUACCUUCACUCCCGCAACGUUCUCCAUGGUGACGUGAAAGCCGACAACGUCCUCUUAUCCAGCGACAGAAGCCACGCUGUUCUCUGUGAUUUUGGCCACGCGGCUCACCUUCAGCCAGACUGCACUGGGAAGUAUGUGGUGACCGGGGAUUGCGUUCUAGGCACAGAGACCCACCUGGCCCCGGAGGUGGUGAUGGGAAAGCGCUGCAACUCCAAGGUGGAUGUCUGGAGCAGCUGCUGCAUGUUGCUCCACCUGCUGAACGGCUGUCACCCCUGGACUCGGUACUUCAAUCACCCCCUGUGCCUCAAGAUAGCGAAAGAGCCUCCCCCUCUGCAGGAAAUCCCCCCCUCCUGCCACCCCUGCACUGCGGAGGUGGUCCGGGCCGGCCUCCAGAAGGAGCCCCAGAAGCGGGCCGGGGCUGCGGAGCUGAGAGCGAAAGCUUGUGCGGCUUUGGAGAAGGUGGGAGGCCUGAAGAGCUCUUGGAGAAAAGAAUACCGAGAGCCCAGGCCCCUCCAGUGGGCACAAGACUGCACUCUUCCAGACCCCCCACAAACAGCCGGGCGAACGCCUGAGACCCCUGCGAGCCCCGGGCCCUUUGCCCGAAGUCCCAGCCCACCGCUCGAUCCUCGGGAGCCGGCAGAGAAGACCCCGUUCACCUCUCUGAGCCCACGCAAGGAAUGGCUGCAGCCGUGGGAUUCUGCCCCACUCGGCAUCAAGCGAGGCAGCUGGGGAGAGUGGAGAACCGCCACGUUGGAACAGGAAUUCCAGCAGCUGGAACUCGAGCUGGUUCUGAGCAGCCUGGCACAGCCCUUCUCACUGGAGGAGCAGGAGCAGAUCUUCUCGUGCCUCAGCGUGGACAGGCCCCUCCUGUCGGAUGCCAGCGACAAGGGCUCGAUGAAAGCGCGCUCUCUCAGCCUGAAGGACACUAUGAGUUCUGGCGUGCAUUCGUGGGGCAGCCAGCCAAACGGGCAGAGCUACAGCUGGAGCAGUUGGCUGCAUCGCAGCAGGCCGACGGAGACGCCCCCUUCCUUGGACGGGGUGAAAAUCGAGAUCCACUUGCUCAGUGGGGAGUCUCUCCAUAUCCGUGAAUGCCGUGGAGCCAAGGUGGGGCAGGUUGCCACUGGAAUCAGCAGCCAGAUCCCAGCUUCGACCUUCAGCUUCUUCACCAAGGAAGGGCAGCCGGUCCACUGCGACAUGGAGGUCCCGGAUUCAGGCAUUGAGCUUCAGUGCAUCCUCGCGCCCGACUGCAGCUCCGACUGGAAAUGGAGAGUCAGGCGAGGGCAGCUGGAGACCAGGCCCUAGGGGGUUCUGCCUUCUUUCCCUUGCUUUGUGA